AUGCCGCUAUCAACACUUCUACUGAGUGGGCUAUUAGCCCUGCAGGCACAUGCCCUGCCUGGACGCGACAAUCCUGCGAUCCUCCGACGAGCGUGUCCCGACUACACUUCGUAUGCUUCGACGCCGCAGUAUCGUCCCGCCGAAGCAUGCCGCACCUUCUCGUCGGCAUCGGUGGAGAAGGUUAUCGACGACGUGACUUCGCGUCUCGUCGACAAGGACCUGGCGCAGCUGUUCCGCAACGCCUUCCCAAACACCCUGGAUACUACAAUUAGGUGGCACCAAAAUGGUACUACAGCAGCUUCCAAGCGUCAAAGUAAACGCGACACGGCCCAGUGGACCGGCGCGCAGACCUUCAUUGUUACGGGUGACAUCAACGCGGAGUGGCUGCGUGACUCCACUAACCAGCUUACCAACUACCAAGCUCUUGCAAAGAAAGAUAAGAGCUUGUAUAAUUUGAUUCUGGGUGCAAUCAAUACCCAGGCAGAGUUUGUGAUUCAGUCGCCCUAUUGCAAUGCUUUCCAGCCACCGUCGGCAAGUGGCAUCCCGCCAGAGAACAGCACUCAAGUGGACACCGUUCACCCGGCGUACGAGAAAUCGUUUGUCUUCGAGUGCAAGUACGAGCUUGACUCCCUCGCACACUUCCUGCUGUUAGGCACGGAAUUCCAUGAGAGCACCGGCUCGACCGAGUUUCUGACCGAUCGUUGGUAUAAAGCGCUGCAAACUGUGCUCGACGUGAUCGAUGCGCAGUCACAGCCUACCUUCAACUCAAAGAAUCAGUUUGUCACCAAUCAGUACACCUUCCAACGUGAGACUACCAUUGGCACCGAGACGCUGAAUUUGCAGGGCGUUGGGAACCCGCUCAACAGUGGCACGGGUCUGAUUCGUAGCGCCUUCCGACCAAGUGAUGAUGCCACAAUUUUGGGAUAUUUCAUUCCUCCUAACGCAAUGAUGUCUGUUCAGCUGCAGAAGGUUGCCGAGGUUAUCAAGGCUGCGGGUGGCCACAAUGACUUGGUCAAUGAGCUAGACCAACGGGGCAAGAACCUCGCGAAAGCUGUCAAGGAUCACGGUAUUGUCAACCACCCUAAUUAUGGGGAUGUUUACGCCUUUGAGGUCGACGGGUACGGCUCUCGCAUCCUCAUGGAUGACGCCAAUAUCCCAUCUCUACUCUCUCUUCCUUAUCUUGGUUUCCUUGACAAGAGCGAUAAGGUCUACCAAAACACUCGCAAGAUGAUUACCGAUAAGGCCGGAAAUCCAUACUACUUGGAAGGUCCUGCUUUCCACGGCAUCGGUGGUCCUCACAUCGGUCUCGAGAAUGCCUGGCCCAUGUCCCUCCUAAUGCAGGCUCUUACUUCUGACGAUGACACCGAGAUCUUGGACUCUAUCAAUCUGGUCCGCGACUCCAGCUUGCUCGGCCUUAUUCAUGAGUCAAUCAACGUCACCAACAUCAAGACGUACACUCGUCCCUGGUUUGCGUGGGCGAACUCUGUGUUUGCUCAGACGAUCCUUCAAGUUGCGGAGGAGCGGCCUCAUUUGAUCUUUGGAGACAACGCCCAACCAUAUACUGUUAAUUAA